GCAAACACUCCAACUUUGGACGAACGCUUAUCUCAAACACACCCCCUUUUCUUGGUUGCUUUGUUUACCUUGACCACAUCCGUCGAGGUUUUGUUUCCCCAUCUGAUAGAUUGCGUCACCAAACCUUGCACGAACCCAAACCCGACUCCAGUGCCGAAGCCAUGGCCGCCGCCACCUCCCCCAAGCAGGGCCGCAAGAUCGCCAUCGUCGGCGCCUCGGGCAACGUCGGCGACCCGACGGUAGCGGCGCUGCUGGCCGAGGGAAUCCACACCGUCACCGUCAUCACACGGCCCGACAGCAGCGCCACCUUCCCGGCUGGCGUGGCCCGGGUCGAGCGCGGCUCCUACUCGGACGCGGAGUUCCUGGCCGAGGCGCUGGCCGGGCAGGACGCGCUGGUGCUGCUGCUGGGCUUCACGUCCAUGGAGCAGCAGGAGCCGCUGAUCCGGGCGGCGGCGCGCGCGGGGGUCAAGGUCGUGCUGCCCACCGAGUUCGGCAGCGACACGGAGCCGACGCCGCUGCUGGAGCAGACCCCCCUGCUGCAGGCCAAGAAGCGGCCGCGCGACCUGAUCGAGUCCCUGGGCAUGACGUGGAUCGCCGUCGUGACGAACCCCUGGCUCGAGUACAACCUGGUGAACGGCAGCUGGGGCUUCGACAUCAAGAAGCGCACGGCGCGGCUCAUCGACGGCGGCGACGUAAAGUUCAUCACGACGACGAUCGGCACCGUCGGCCGCGCGACGGCGGGGCUGCUCUCCCUGCCCGACGCGGAGCUCGCGCGGUUCCGCAACGCGCCCUUCUACGCGCGCUCGUUCCGCACCACCCAGCGCGAGUUCCUGGCGAGCCUGCAGCGCGCCACGUCGACGACGACGCCCGAGGCGGACUGGCAGGUCGAGCUGCUGGACGGGGAGCAGGAGUGCGGGGACGCGGACGCGCAGGGCGGGGUGGGCGGCAUGAUGCGCAAGUUCUUCGCGCUGCACCUGCGCGACGGCUUCGGCGGCGACUACGGCGCCAAGGUCGGCGGAAACAUGGAGCUGGUCGGCGCCGUCGAGGCCGAGUCGCUCGACGAGGCGGUCAGCAGGGUCGUGCGGCAGGUCGAGGGGCACUAAAGGUGCUGACGAAGGGGGCGGACUGGUCUAGGGCGACGCGGGUUCAAGUGUUCGGACUUUAGGAUAUGUUUUUUUUGGUGUGGUUCAGCCGGC